AUGGAUAAUUUUACGGAGUAUUUUUCGGAAUUUUUCUCCAGGCUUUUGAAUACUCUGUUUGGGGUAUUCACCAAUGUCAUCAUGAGGUAUUGGAUCUUCAAUUUUAGAAUAUUCUGUUGUUCUGAUUCUUCAAAAGCAAUGAAUGAUUUUUCUAAAGAAAUGAAUCCGCUUUGUUCUUCUCAGUUUUCACCUGACAAAGAGCAAGCUGCGUCAAUUCAUUCUGAUCCUGAAAGUUUUGUGUCUCUAGCCGAUACUCUCUCAUGUGAAAGUGAUCAAAAUGAUUCCAAUGAUUGCCAGGGAGGAGCAAAGUCCACGGAAAAAUGUUGUUCUGAAACUCUUCGUGACAGUGAGACUUUUGGGCCUGAAGAAGAGGAAACGACGAAGUUAGUUUUCAAAUUUGAAUAUCAAAAGUGGAAUUGCAAUUAUAAUGAAGAAUUCAGAGGAGCGUAUGGUGAAAGUAGUGAUUUUGUGAAGGGGAGUGAUGCUGUUUCUGCCAGCACAACCAGUAAGUAUGAGUUCAUGUCAGGCAAGAGUUUUAGUCACUUCUUGGAUGAACCUCGGGCUGGAAAUUUCACUGUCAAAGAAUGUUUUGUUCAUUCAAACGAUGCUUUUAAAUCAGGAAAUAAUGUUAGCAAUGAUUUUGAGUUCUUGUCAAGUAGGAAAUUUUUGCCAGAAAAAUGUGAAGAAGGGGUUAGUGAAGAAAAUCUUGACAAUUCCACAGUUAAUAUGUUCAAAGCUGAACAUCCCGUCGAGCCAAUUGUUCACAAUGUUCUGCCUGAAGAUGAUUUUAUUUGUUCAAGUUCGGACGCAGAUUCUAUUAUCAGUUCUUUGGGGGAGGGAUUUUUGUCAGAAGCAGAUUUUGGAAAAACUUUGGAGUAUGAGACAUUGGGAAUCAAUGCAGAAGAAAAUGCAGUUCAAACAGAAGAGAAUUUGGAAUUUGGGGAUGAGAGAAGCUAUGAGAAUUUCGAUGUUGGAUAUGAGCCUGAUGAUUUUACUGAAGAGGAUGAAGAUAUAAUGGAUGAACUUGGAAAAUUGGAAGAAGAAUGUAGGCUAGAGGAAUCUUCAGGAAAAAGUUUCGAAAAUAAACAUAGCAUCAAUUCCAAGCCUGAACAGUCUAUGAAGCCUAUUUCACAAACUUUAACAACUAUUGAUCUUGAGGAUUCCAACCGGUUUGACACACUGUGGGAACAUCAAGAUUUGAUAGAACAGUUGAAGAUGGAAUUGAAGAAGGUCAGAGCCACUGGCCUACCUACCAUCCUUGAGGAUUCUGAGUCUCCAAGGAUAAUGGAAGACUUAAAGCCAUGGAAAAUUGAUGAAAAAUUACAGCAUGGUAGCACUACGAAUGAGCUUCCAAAAUUCUACAGGAGUUAUAGAGAACGAAUGCGAAAAUUCGAUAUCUUGAAUUACCAAAAGAUGUAUGCAAUAGGUGUUUUGCAGUCAAAGGACCCACUCCAGUCAUUUUCAACCCGUAAGAACCCUUCACCGGCAUUCACAAACAUUCUUCCACGCGGCUUUCGCCUUUCUAGACGAAAACAAACAGAAGCUGACCCAAUGAAGAAGUUCAUGAGAGAAUUAUACAGUGACUUGGAAAUGGUGUAUGUGGGGCAGUUGUGCCUUUCUUGGGAAUUCCUUCAAUGGGAAUAUGAGAAGGCCUUGAAGCUAUGGGAAUCUGACCAAUACGGGUUACUAAGAUUCAAUGAAGUAGCAGGGGAGUUUCAACAAUUCCAAGUGCUUCUCCAAAGGUUUAUAGAGAACGAACCUUUCCUCCAUGGUCCACGGGUUGAAAACUAUGCCAGGAAUCGUUGUGCAAUGCGCAAUCUUCUGCAAGUUCCAGUAAUAAGAGAAGACAACGCCAAGGAAAAAAGGAAAUUCAGUAAAAGAGAGUCAGAUAAAGACGCAAUCACAAGUGACAUGCUAGUGGAGAUUUUGGAAGAAUCCAUCAGAACAAUUUGGCGUUUUAUAAGAGCUGAUAAAGAUGCAUCUGGCUUAGCUCUUAAAGGUCCAAGAGAAAAUCGAGUAGAGCUCCAAGACCCUUCAAAUUCAGAGCUUUUGGAUGAGAUUCGAACAGAUCUUCAAAAGAAGGAAAAGAGAUUGAGAGAGCUUUUGAGGAGUGAAAGCUGCAUACUGAAGAAGUUCAAAAAGCAUCACGAAGAAGGGGCAGAUCAAGUGCUUUACUUUUUCUCUCAAGUGGACAUGAAAUUGGUUUUGAGAAUUUUGAACAUGUCAAGGAUAACGACGGAUCAACUAGCGUGGUGUCGUAGUAAACUAAACAAGAUCAAUUUUGUAAACCGAAGGAUACACGUAGAACCAUCAUUUUUACUUUUUCCUACUUCAUAG